CACCGCCCGUUCACGCGCCUGAGGAAGUGCUGUAUUACUCUAUUGUGCCAGGAGCGGAGGAGCGAAAAACUGAGAAAAAAUGACCAUCAUUUCACCAGAACCGACCCAGUAAACCUACUUUCGGACAGGUUUGGUGCCAGAACAGUUGGUCACCAUGUCUUGCCGUGACAUCCAUGCCACCAACGCGUUUGCGUUCAUCAUCGCAAUGCUCUCAGUAGGUGCGCUAGCUGUGGCCACAGUGAUCCCACAGUGGAGGACCACUCGCCUGAUCACCUUCAACCGUAAUGCCAAAAACGUCACCGUUUACGAUGGCCUGUGGACCAAGUGUGUCCAACAAGAGGGCUACAGAGGAUGCUACUACUUUGAUGCAGAGUGGUACUCUAAAGUAGACCAGCUGGACAUCAGGCUACUCCAGUUCUGUUUACCAGCAGCGCUGUUCUUCUCCGGCCUGGCUCUGCUGAUCAGCCUGACAGGCAUGUGUAAGACGGCGUGCUGUUCCAAAACCCCGGACGACAUCAAGACUAGCCGCUGCCUGGUCAACAGCUCGGGCUGCCACCUGGUGGCCGGCAUACUGCUCUUUUUAGCCGGAGCCAUCGCCAUGCCGCCGUCCGUCUGGUUCCUGUUCCACACCAAGAACCUGAACGCCCGCUAUGAUAACCUGUUCGGCGUGGAGUUUGCUGUGUACGUAUCGAUCGGCGGAGCUGGUGGCCUCAUCCUUGCUGCCUUGCUGAUGUUCAUGUGGUACUGCAUGUGUAAGAAGCUGCCUUCGCCGUUCUGGCUGCCUCUACCAGAGGAGCCUGCCAUGACCAACAGCCUUUCCGCUCAACCACUACUGACCAAUGGCCUCCCUUCACCUGUUACCUAUGUGCCUCAGCCUUUCCCCCCUGCUGUUCUGGAUGCCCCAGCCUUUAUCCCAGCACAGGGGUAUGCCCAGACCCUGCCUACCCAGCCUGUACCGCCCCAGGUUUACAUGGCCCAAAUGUCAGUCCCGGAUGGAUAUGGGUCUGAAGCAGGAGCCUCGCAGGCUUAUGGUUACGCUCCCUCACAAAGCUAUGCGCCUUCACACGCUCCCUCACAAAGCUAUGCGCCUUCACACGCUCCCUCACAAAGCUAUGGUCCCUCACAGAGGUACGCAGGAAAUCGCUACUCCACAAGAUCACGAAUGUCUGGAAUCGAAAUCGACAUCCCUGUCCUGACAGAGUGACGCCUAUAAAAAGAUGGUUCCACUGUGUACUCUAGGGGUGGGAGAAAUGACGAUAUGGUAUUGUUACAUGGCAAAUUACAAGCUUUUCUGGGCAUAUCCUUCGUAUCAUCAAUACUUGAGAUUAGAAAUCAGAAUGCUGGGAAUUAAAGAGAGCAUAAUUAGCCCUGCAUAAUUGAAUAUGGUGCUGCACAGUUGGUAUAACACUGUAGGCACUGUCCUCUUU